AUGAGCGACAAUGAGCUAAUGCAAGUUUGUUCAGUCGGCGGAAAUCCAGUCUCUGCUUUUCUCUCCUGGCGACUCCAGGCAACAAACGCUUGCGAUGUCACUCUGGUCUGGAAGUCGGGUUUCGAACAUGUUUCUCAAUAUGGCAUCUCCUUCAAGUCGCCCGUCUUCGGCAACGAGCGCUUCAAGCCACGGCAUGUGGUCCGAAAUCCCGAAGAUGCUGCUGGCGUUCGCGACGGUCCUUUCGAUUACGUCGUUUUGUGCGUAAAAGCCUUACCCGACGUCUACGAUUUGGCCGCUGUCAUCGAUUCUGUCGUUACUCCUCAACAUACAUGCAUCCUUGUCAACACCACACACACACUUGGCGUCGAAGCUGCCAUCGAAGAGCGUUAUCCCACAAACGUCGUUCUCUCAUUAGUAUCUGGUGCGGAGCUCACUCAGCUUGGCCCAAGCGAAUUUGAGCACAGGGGCUCGACCGAUGUCUGGGUUGGCCCGGCCAACAGACAGAGCAAUAUUCCCCAAGCUAUUCAAGAGGAUAUGGCACAGGCUCUCGCCAUGACUUUGAGCACCGGCCAAGUUGACUGCAAGGUGUCCCCCAACAUUCGGCAGCAGCAAUAUGAACGUGUUAUCGGCCCGAUUGCUUUUCACCCUGUUAGCGUACUGUUUGAAACACCGAACCAGUCCAUUCUCUUGGAAAAGGUCGGCGUCAAGGAUAUGGUUACUGGCAUCAUUGAUGAGCUGCUUCUCCUCGCUGAAGCCAACGGUUGCAAAUUCGACAUUGACUUCAAGCAGAGGAUAUUGAACGACAUGACAAAACCCAAUCUCCCAGACAGCAUCAUGUGGCAAGAUUUCGUCGCUAGACGGCCCAUGGAGAUCGAGACGUAUCUGGGCUCCCCGAUCAAGCUGGCUCAUGAGGUCAAGGUUCCCGUUCCCAGAAUCGAAACGCUAUAUGCCAUUAUGCACAACUUGAAUAUGGUCAAUAGAAACCGCCCCAAGGCGGGAGAUGUUCAAGGGGCAAUGCCUCCAGGCUCCCCUACCGUUGGCCAGCCUCCACGCCUACCUUCACAGAAUGGCCACCGCCCCAUGAUGGGCGGCAUGCCGAACGGAAAUGGGCAACCGCCGCGCCAGGUUCGUCCUCGCAACUCUUCCAACUUCGGCCCCGCUGGUCCUAUGCGCCGAGGUCCUCCUCCUAUGAAUGGCGGCCCAAACGGUAUGAAUCGUCCGCCACCGCAACACAUGAACGGUGGGUCGCAAGUUCCCUCUCGACGCGGAUCCAUGGAUGGCAAUGACCUCGAGGAAUUCUCUCAUCUUGUCCUUUACGACGACAUCCCCGAAGGUCAUGAACAAAACUUUGGUUCCGACAACGGCGAAGCUGCUAUGCGCGAGAGAGAAAUGCACGCCAGACAGCGAGGCAUGAAGGAGCAGGACAUGCGCAUGCGACGCGGCCCUCCUCCUCCGGGGCCCCCGGGCCCUCGCCGCGGUCCCCAUCCUAUGCGCCACAGCACUCAAAUGUAUGAUGACGACGACGAUGACGACUUUUACGACCCUCCCAUGGGUCCUGGAAUGCCUGCCAUCGAUGCCGAGAAUUUCGAUAUGAUGAGUGUAACUUCACGAAAGAAUCGUAAAACAUCCGGUCCGCCUUCCACACAGAUCCGCCGCAACCCCGAGUUUGAUGCUCCUCCUCCUUCCCGCGGUAGCCGAUUCCGACCUAGCUUUGGCCGAAACCGCUCAAGCCAGAUUGCAUCGAUACCCACGAUGACAGACAAUAUCCUAGACGAUCCACUUAUGAGCUGCUCGUCGAAUCGCUAUGGUACUGUCGACCGGGGCACAAUCAACGGCGGCUCCCGAGCCAAUUCCCUGACGGCCUCGAGACUUGAUGAGCUGCAAUACAGCCAGGCUCCCGGUGGCCCUCCAGGCAUGAAUUUUGGGCGACGCGCAAGCCAGUCUCCCGGAAACCCGUACAGCCCCUCGAUGCGCGGCGGUAGCGGUAGACCUUCGCCCCCCAACGGAUAUGGUCCUCCCAUGAGUGGCCGCCCUUCCCCUCCGGACGGCGUACGGCAGCCGGUUCCUCGCUACCCUCCUGGCCAAGGCAAUGCGGUUGCACCUCAGCAAGUUGAACAGCAUAUUGGGGUGAGCGCCCUACAUCCACCAAAGACUAGAAAUGUGCGAAGUCUGACGGGUAGUGCGAGUGCUAGCGCGGGCAGUGGUGAACUCGACUCCGAAAACUCGGCACGCAGCAGCCAGACCAGCCUUCCUACGGCGCCGGCAGCUGCCACCAGUGUUCACUAG